AUGUACUCGGAGGGGCUUAGUAAGAUGCGUAGCACAGCGGUGGUGGCUUCCGGCACGGUACAUGCUACUACUGCUCGCUCCGGCCUUGUCUUUGGCGUCAGUUCCCCAGGAGAGGCUGCAGUCGUCAAUUCUAGGGGGCAGGAUGAGUACAGACGAGAACGCUUGGGCUUCAGGCAGUGCCCUGCAGACGAAGGUCCCAUAGAAAUAUCCGAGAUAACCUAUUCUGGUCUCAAUACCUUCGCGGGCGUUGCACAUGCGCAAUGUUUCCAGAAAGACAAUGAUAGCCAUAGCACGAAGCGAUACGACAUUGCUGUGCUGGGGGCACCGCUCGACACCACGGUCACUGGGCGCCCCGGAGCUCGCUAUGGUCCCUCGGCCAUCAGAGCUGGGAGCUUAAGGAAAGCAUGGGGUUUCGAUACGUACACAGGCCGCGAUCCGUUGAAAGGCUGGGCCAGGGUUGUGGACUGUGGUGAUGCACCGAUGACUUGGCUCGACAAUCGUGCAGCUAUAAAGACACUUGAUCAGGCCCAUCGACUGACUGCGGCUCGGCCACCCGCUGACGAUUCCAAGUCCCAUGUGCCAAGAAUCGUAACGCUAGGAGGGGACCAUACGACGACAUUGUCAGCCCUAAGAGGCACCUAUGACAACUGGGGCCACGUGUCAGUGGUUCACUUCGAUAGUCACAUUGGUGAGCUUGACCCCGAUGCAGCAUGCUGCUCAAAUACAGCGUUCUCAGCGUAUGCUAAAAACUUUCUCAAGAUACGUGGGAUCCCAAAGUUCUUGCUGACUCGAAGAGUAGGUGGCGGGGUUUCCGACUAUGCGUAUGCGCCCAUGUGCCGCGAGGAAUUCCAAGCUGACGCUUUUCACAGAGGGCUGAAUCAUGGAACAUUCUUACAUGUUGCACAUGAAGAGGGACUGAUCCGCAAUUCCUCCAUUCACGUCGGAAUCCGAGCGUCCCUGAACAGACGAGAAGGGGAUAUGAAGAACGAUAGACGAUGUGGAUUUGCAACUAUCACAGCGAGGGAUCUUGACACUUGCGGUGUCCAAGGAGUUGUAGAUCAAAUUCGCAAUCGUGUGAAGGACACGCAGGUCUACAUCACUGUCGAUAUCGAUGUUUUGGAUCCUGCAUUUGCGCCAGCGACUGGAACCCCUGAAGUUGGAGGAUGGUCGACUCGAGAGUUGCUGGCUAUUCUUGAAGGUCUCGGUGGAUUGAAGAUCGUCGGGGCAGACGUUGUUGAGGUUUCUCCACCAUUCGACAACCACGGAGAGACUACCGCCCUUGCGGCCGCCGAAAUCGUGCAUAGUCUUAUCGACUUGAUGGUUCUGACGCCUGCCAGCUUGGCCGAGUACCUCAGCACAGCGCGAAGACCGAGUUGA